GCCACCAUGUCCCACCCCAACCACCGCACACUUCACACCGUCUCCCUCAAUGCAUUGUCGCAUGGAAAUUUAGUCAAUCUCUCUAGCGUUGAACGCCUCCUGAACGCGCAUGCCGCCAAUGUCAAGGGCAAGAAACGAACGGCUGGCUCAGAGGAGCCACGCUCUCGCAAACGAGCGCGCGUAGACACGGGCAACGCAGACAACGCAGCUAUAACAGAGCGAGACGACGCGGCGCCUGUCGCCGUGAAGACAUGCUUGUAUCGUCACUCUUUUCAUAUUGACUUGAUUUCAUCCGCUGCACGUCCCGACAAUGAUGGCGAGGACGGUGAACAGGAUGCUGAAGACGAAAUAGACGCCCAUCGCGCAGAGCAGAUCGAGGUCGAAGGGCGCAUCAAGUCAUGGUUAGCGAAGCACCGUGGAGAUGACAUCCCGUCGACUCUCGACCUCGGAGAAGUACAUCUAGACGUUCGCAAACCGUCUCAACGAGUUCGCGGCGUUGUCCCAGUCCCAGUCAUGCAAGUGCACAGCGUACACCCCGAAUACUUGUACGUUCUAGACUUGCCCCCCGCCGCCGAAGAUUCGGACAACACGGAUUACGACCUGCGAUCAGGCCACCUAUCUCAAUUGCUAUUUUCGUUCGAGGCACUUUGCAGGGACGGUCGGGCAGAGAUCUCCGCGCACCUCUACGUUGACGUUCAUGACGCUACGGUUCCCGAGCUCGAGGAGCAUGUGCUUCCCUUUACGCUACGACUGGACGUCGAGGCCGCGGUCGUGUAUGCGAAGAUGCUGGAGCCGUUCCCGCCUCCUGUCAAAGGCCGUCCGACUGAAGUAGAGGAAGCACAGCGUCGCGUCUUGAUGCAGUACUUCCCGUAUACCACUUCGCCCGCAUCGUUCCAGGGUACAGUCGACAUCCCACUACUGUAUACCAUUCUCGGACCUGCGCCUCGCUUGAAAGCCUCAGAACAAGAAGAGCACCUGCAACCGGAGGAACUUCGUCCUACGCUCCUUCCCUUCCAGUGCCGUAGUGUGGCCUGGCUGUUGUCGCGCGAAGGCAAGCAGAUCGGUGCGCCCGGUCAUGUGGAGGAUAUCCCUCUUUCGCAAGAUUCUCCGUUGUUCUGGGAUGAGAUACGCGUUGGUGAGGAAACAUUGUACAUUAACCGCGUACUCGGGCUUCUGUCUCGAGUGAAGCCGAAGAACGACGCAGACUCCCUCGGAGGAAUCCUUGCCGAAGAACCAGGUCUGGGCAAGACGCUCGAGUGCAUUGCGCUCGUGUUGCUCAACCCUUCCAUUGGGAGGACUCCUGCGAACAAGAGGUGGGAUUCUGUGGCGAAAGUCGACGUCAGGGAGAUCAAGACUACGUUGAUCGUGACUCCUUCGUCACUAGCACAACAAUGGGCAGACGAACUAGCGUUGCAUGCGCCUUCUCUGAAGGUCUUAGUCUAUGACGGGUGGUCGAAAAUACCUGUUCCUAUCACUGAGUCAGCAGCUGAAAAGCAACGCCAAUCGCAGUCCUCUCGAAGCAGCAGUAAAAGCAAGACGGUAGCGCGCGACAAAAGCAGAGCUAGCUCGAAGGCGUCUAGCUCCGGAGGAAGCAGGCGUAAACGCGCGCAGACGGUCGAUACGGACAUGGAUGUGGAUCGUGACGCAACAGAGGACGGUCAAGGUGGCGGACAAGGUGAAGACGUACUCGACUGGUGCUCCUAUGUCAACACGUUCGACGUCUGCAUUACCACAUACACCGUACUGCAGCGCGACUUGUGUGUCGCACGAGCGCCACCGACGCGUCCGCGGCGUGCGAAUGUCAACUACUCUGAGAAUGAGCGUGCACGCAGUCCGCUCAUCAUGUGCGAGUGGUACAGGGUCAUCAUGGACGAGGUGCAGAUGGUAGGCGGUGGACAAGCUGAGGAGAUGGUCUCGCUGAUUCCCCGACUGUCCUCGUUUGCUGUGUCCGGAACCCCCGCAAGAGCACAGGUAGCCGAUCUGAUCCAUGUUAUGCGGUUCCUGCGUGUACGCCCUGUGACGGAGAACCCUCGCAUCUGGCCUCGGCUACUCAAGGCGCCAUAUGCCAAUGAUUUUGCCGAUCUGUUCAGCAAGUAUAGUAUCAGGACGACAAAGGCUGCAGUCAAACACGAGCUCACCAUCCCAAAGCAGACUCGCUACCUCGUGCCCAUUGAACUGGGCCGCGUCGAACGCCAUGUAUAUGACCAGACAUUCGACCGCGCCCUCCUGGAAUUGGGUCUGGAUGCCCGAGGCGUUGCUGCGAAGGCUGAUUGGGAGAUUGACACCGCUGUGCUACGAACGUGGCUGAGGAAACUGCGCGGGAUCUGCACACAUCCGCAAGUGGGACAGUUGCUCAACGCAGGAGACAGACUGCACAAACCGGGCGUACUAAAGUCGAUGGAAGAAGUGCUUGAGGGAAUGAAAGAGCAGAAUUGGAGAAAUCUUAUGGAGGACCGGCGCAACAAGAUCCAACUUAUGUUAACGACGGCUCAGCUACGACAACACCAAGAAGCCAACAAGUUCCGCUAUCGAUCCGCAUUGGAGAUCCUGCUUGCCGCUGAGAAGGAAGCGUGUCGGCUCAUCGACGAUAUCAGUGCUGCGCUCGCCGAUCACGCGGAAAAGGGCGUCGCUCUCAAAGCCGGGGCCGCGAAGCGGCGAGCGGAACUUAGCCAGGCAUCAUCUUCAGGCGAGAAAGGGAAGGGGCGUGCUUCCACUGAGUUGUCGGACGACGAUGUGGACGCCGAUGAGCAAGGCCUGCCUCGCAAUCGCGCGGGCGAAGAACACACCUCGAAGACCAGCGCACUGCAGCUCCGUCUACGAGAAGCUCGCAUCUCACUGCACAAAGUGCACUUUCUCAAGGGCGAUGUGUACCAUGUCUUGGGCGAAGCGUACGCCGGUGCCGAGAACGAGGCUUAUGCCAAAGCGGACGAGAUGAGGCGAUUGUUACUCAAAGGUACCGGAGACACAGCGGCGAGAGCCAUGACGCAUGUGAUGGACGCCACGUCAAACAAAUCGCUCAAGGAGUCGGAGCUGCACAUUGAAGUCCCUUAUUGUGAGCCUGGCGGAAUUAGGUCGGCUGACCUGAUUGAGGAGGUGCACGAGAUCAUCGAUGAACUUUUGAACAGGCAAUCUGCUCUGUUGUGGCAAUGGAGGACAAAGCUUGUCGCCUUACUCACGCAGCCGUUGACUCCUCAGGACGAUAGCGUAGAUGGACAAGAGUACGCUCGGAGCCUGGAGACCCAAGGGGAGGCGGAGACAUACCUGCAAGCUUACGCCGCCCUUCUGGCAGAUCGCCGCGAGUCUUUGACAGCGGAACGCACCUUACUAGCGAUCCACGAUGUCCGAGAGACCCACGUUAGGCAUACCAAAGCCGCCCAGCGCGCCUUAGAACCCGAAGAUAUCGUCGAACUCGAUCAACUCGAUGAUCAGGAGCAAUUGCCAGAACACGAGGUUCUUCUGAAGACGUUGAGCGAGGAGCGCAAGGCCAUACUAGAAGACUUCGAUAGCGAUAGGGCCGUCAGAUCAGUUCUAGUCGAUCUCAACAAUGUCGUCGCUCGUAUUUCCAAGGACAAUGACCCCGAGAAGAUUCUGGCUCGUGAUGCUGCCACAAAACUCAGGGCACUACUUGCAGACCAGAACAAGUUGAUGGAUAAGUUGCAGGUUGAUCUAGCACGUUUGCGACGUGCAUUCAAUGAGCGCAUAUCGUAUUUCCGUCAGUUGCAAGAAAUCUCCGAUACAGUAGCGGAGGCCGAAUGGGAAGAUAGCGUAGAUGUUGCCAUGGCCAACGUCGCUCGAGAGCAAGCCGAGCUAGAGAAGAAGAUUGACACCGGGCGCGCUCGUCAACGAUACCUGGAUCAUUUAGCACAGUCCCAUACCGAGACUGUGGUAGAUGAAGAAGAGCGCUGUUGUGUCCUAUGCCGAUGUGAUUUCCUCCGCGGAUAUAUCACGCAAUGCGCACACGUCUUCUGUGAGACUUGUCUGAAAGAGUGGAUCUCGCGCAGAGAAGGAAAGGCGUGUCCGGUCUGCCGUGUCCCCAUUGAUUCUGGCCAGUUGCAGCGUUUCACGAUACGCGAUCCUAAGACGGAGACAGCACCAAAUGCACCGCAGCUCAUCCGCGCUAACGAAGUGAUCCCGAAAUCGCGACGUCAAAUUGAUUACAACUACAUUGACUCUGGCUUGUUCGAGGAUAUACAGACUAUGGAGUCUCUUGGUAGCUAUGGCAGCAAGAUCGAUACAUUGCUGCGACAUCUCUUGUAUUUGAAGGUUGCAGACCCAGGGUCGAAAAGCAUCGUGUUCUCUGCGUGGGCAGAUUCACUCCACAUCAUCCAGCACGCCUUGAAGCGCAAUGGCAUAUCUUGUCUGCGAAUCGAUCAACAAAGGGGCAAGGAACACGCCGCGAAGAAGUUCCGAACUGACCCGGACAUCGCUGUCCUUCUCCUGCAUGGGGAGCGUGAAAACGCGGGAUUGAACGUGACGUGUGCAUCUCGCGUGUUCCUUGUCGAGAGUGUUGUUCAUCACGCCUUUGAACUGCAAGCCAUUGCGCGGAUUGACCGCAUGGGCCAGACCAAGCCGACGGAAGUAUUCUGCUACUUCGCCGAAGACACGGUAGAGAGGCACAUUCUAGACUUGGCCGCACGACAGGGGCAAUCGCUGUAUACGAAAGACAACGCGGCGGGUACACUGGACACGUCAACGUUCACGCUUGCGAGCGGGAAGAACGUGAUCGACUCGCCCACGAGGAAGAAGAACGUCCAGAAGGGCGAUUUUGUAUUCAAGACGGACGAUAUGCUGGCCAUCUUCUUCCCGCAUCUGUACGAAGACAUUGAAUACCUGAUCCAACCUGCAGAUACGACAGCGCGUGUUAUUGCCUCAACGGACACGGCGACACAGCAGCAACCCCAGGCAUCAUCUUCCAACACUAUAGCAGGUCCUUCCACGUUACCCUCAUAGACAUCUCUCCGGCCUCGUUGUCUUGAUUUGAUCACAUAGCAUUCACAUCGAUAACGGGUGGAGGACAUUCCGGAAGCAAUUUCUCGUUCUUUUAGACUCUAGCAUAACUUAUCCAAGGACGCACAUAAUCCAGUUAUUUUUCGCGGUGAUAGCGCUCAAAGCAUGUUCGAAUUCUGAUACCCCUGAG